CAUAGGUACCACACCACCCUGUGCCUCUCACUUGACUCUUCACAUGGAUGUGCUCUAACACUGCACUAAGCUACAGGACACUACCUUUGGAUAACACUGGACUUGAAAACCACAUGCAUAUUUUGUGAUAAAACUGGGCGUGGCUGGCCAGUAACACGGGAUGAGCGACGGAAGUGCCCAGGUUAACGGGCCAACCAGCCCCACGGGGAAGUACAUAGACACAAUAGACCCGGAAGACCCGGAGUAUCAGCGACAGAUGCGGCGGCCGGCAGAGGUGAAGGAAGACGUGAAGCAGAUGGAGAACCGCAGCCGAGUCUCCGUCAUCCUCAACAGCCAGGCGUUUCGGGAGGAGCUGGAGCAGAUUGUGGAGGAGCAGCUUGCCUCAGGGUCGCAUCCUGCGUCGCUCAUUGCCCUGCAACAGAUCUCCGACCUUCUCCUCCCACACACACGAUCCAACCUAGGAUCCAUGGCCAGAGGGGCCUCACCAGUCAUUCCAGUAAAUGAUAUCCGAGGGGUGGAUUCAAUGAACUACACUAAAGGGGAGAAGGUCCUGCGAUGUAAGCUGGCAUCGUUAUACAGACUUGUUGAUAUGAACGGCUGGACACAUGGAAUCUACAACCACAUUAGCGUGCGUGUAAGUCAGGAAUCGGAGCACUUCCUGCUCAACCCGUUUGGUUUGCUGUACCCCGAGGUGACGGCCUCAACGCUCGUAAAGGUAGACAUGAAAGGUAAUCUCGUAGACCCAGGAUCCACGACGUUUGGUGUAAACAAAGCUGGCUUCGUUCUCCACUCGGCCAUCCACCAAGCCCGCCCGGACAUCAAGUGCAUCAUUCAUCUUCACACACCCAAUGUUGUUUCAGUAUCGGCAAUGAAGUGUGGAUUACUCCCCCUUUCACAGGAGUCUCUUAUCUGUGGGAGUCUGAGUACUCAUGAAUACACUGGAAUACUGGUGGACCAGGAAGAGCGAGACAAACUUGCUCGCAAUCUCGGGCCCACAAAUAAAGUGAUGCUGUUGAGGAACCAUGGAAUGGUAGCCUGUGGAGAAUCUAUGGAGGAGGCGUAUCAUUACGCAUUCAAUCUGGUCGCUGCCUGUGAUACACAAAUGAGAGCAGUACCAGCAGGGCUAGACAACCUGAUCCUGGUCGAUGAUGAGACCCGGAAAGAGACAUUCAAGGUGGCCAGCCAGGGUGGAGGAGGGGUGGACGUCACUGGACGCAAAUGGAAGACAGGAGAGCUGGAGUUCGAGGCCCUCAUGAGGCAGUUAGAUAAUGCAGGUUACCGCACAGGCCAUGUUUACAAGAUGCCUAUACUGAAGCAGGAGAAGAAAGAGAGGUCUAACAGUGACGUCGAGGUUCCCCCAUCCUCCAGCUCCUUCACAUAUGUUUUUGAUGGCGACAUCGAACAUUCGAAAUAUGCGUCUCCCUUGAAGACAGCCUUGGAGAGACAGAAACAGGCUUACAAGGCUGGCUGGCUCACAUCCCCCAACACAUACAAGAGACAGGAACUGGAGGAGAUUGGUACAACCAACCCCAAGAAAUACACAAAGUGGGUACCCGAGGGGACAGAUUCGCCCUCUAAAACCAGCACCCCUAUAAAGGUGGAUGGCCCAAAUCAGUUUGCACCACAGGGAGAUAACCCAAAAGAACUUAAACUGAAGCAGAAGCAGAUCCGAAAAGACUACUAUGAGGACAAGGUAUCAGCUGGACCCCAGUCCAGAGUCUUGGAAGGAAUGUCAUUUGAUGAAGCACAGCAAAUGAAACAGGAUGGGAACCUAAGUAAUGCCUCGGACCACGUGAUCGUUGUUGGAGCAGCAUCUAAAGGCAUAAUCCAGCGCGACCACCAGCACAACGCUGUAGUGUACAGGUCGUACUACGCAGCCAACCCCUUCGAAAACAUGUCGGAGAAGGAACUUGAGGAAUACCAGAAGGGGCUCACCAAGCAGGAAGGUGGAGAGGACCUAAGUCCAGGUCCUGAUGGCCGCCUCAUCUCCUCAGAAGAGCGUAUGCAACAGCUCAACUCCACAUCUGCAGAAGAGUCGGGCAUUGAGCCACUGCCUGAGGAAACUAACCUAGAUGAGAGUGUGAAUGGCCAGCCUGAGUCGCUGCCAUCCAACAAUGAAUCAGAUGAAAAACGUACUACUCAGGUUAAAAGGUCCGAGUCCGAGCGACAACCUAUGAGAAGUCCUGAGAUGAUUCGAGAACUUGAGAAGAAGAAUCUGGAGCGAUCAAAAUCUGACAGACAGCCCCGAGAAGAAGGUGGUGAAGGUGAGAAACCAAGCUCCCCUGCCAAGUCAGACACCCUGAGGUCGACAGACAGUGCAAGCGGAGGCGACACACUAGAAGAGCGCAGUAGCAAGGAGGGCUCCCCAACCAAGGAACAGCCAUCUCCCAAGAAGGAGAAGAAGAAGAAAAAGUUCCGCAUGCCAUCCUUCUCCAAGAAGAAGAACAAGGAGAGCAAGGAAAGUGCAAUCUGAGUGUUCCCCGAUCAAUGAUGUCAUCGGCAGCAAACUAUGUUCUCACUAGCUACACGACUCACUCCAUCGUCCCCUCACAGGGGCGCUUUGAGCAGUCCUUCUACCACUUCAACAUUUGCUUUUGUUGGGGACAUGCUGCAGCGUUGAUCGGAGGAGCAGACGGCGAAACCUUGUUUCAUUUAGCUUUUAUACAUGAAAGAGAGAAAGAAGGGAGGCAACUCUUGGUUUAUUGCUUGUUACUGUCGUAGUCACAGUCUAUGCAUUUUCUCGCCACUCAUUUCAUCCUUGUACCAAUGAGAGAAGACUGCGAGAUCAGUGCUGCCAUUUGUGACAUUUGAGGCCAUGUGUCCAGCUUACCAUGUACCCUGCUAGGUUAGUGAACGAGGAGGAGUUUGGACAUCUGGCAGGUUUUAUCACCAUCAUUUUUACGAUAAUAGUGUCCGGGAGGCUACAUUACAGAUAAUUGUUGUCAUGGAAAUUGUGCUUCCUGAGGGAUAAUUAGACCGUUUUUCUUCUGUUAUUUUGCAUUUUAGUCACUUUUAAUCAUGUUUUUUGAAAUAUAUGUUAGCACAUGUAUCACAAUAUUGCAUUUAUGUGCAAAUGUUUCAUGUUCAUCCAACAAGUAUUCGUACCAUCGUUCAGAUACUGGCUCCUCCAACAAUAGUGCUGUUCCUCCUGAAUACUCUCAUAUCAAGGAGACAGCUGUUCCAGCAAGGCAGAGUCUGUCUGAGUGUGCCGCACUGAUAGUGUCACUGCCCUCUUGAUGUAGUAUUACCAUGGCAACUCACAGACAUCUGCCGUGUCAUAUUCUAAAGCAUUACACCACAUAUGGUAGUGUUUGUACGCCUAUCUAGAUCUUCUGUCGUAGUGGAGGUUGCGUAGACUAAGGGCAGAUAACUCUUUGCUUCCACUUCAUUGAUUUCAUGUCACAGUUUGCUGCUGAAAACAUUUGAAUGACCUAAUAAGUAUAUUCAGGGGACCCUGCUUUCUAUUUUCAAACAUUAGAUAUAUUUCAUGUUACCACAAUAUUCAGUGAGCUGGAAACCAUGUCAAGACUUGCUUGAGGAUUUCACAGAUGUGUUUUGAUUCGUUUUGGACUUAGGUAGCAGAGCAUGAAUUGUCUGGGAUUGGGGAUUUUGGUGUCAGGGGAGGUUACUCUGCUGUUUCCUUUCUGGAUGUGUGUAUCAAUGUCAACAGUCCUGUGUAACUUAUAUACCAGAUAUGGAUCCGUCUGUGAGGCAUGACACGAGGACGUGUACAAUUUUGUAUUGUUUGUGAUGUGUACAGCUGUGUCUCCACUCCUGUAAGUCUAUGUUCUCUCUCUCGACAUUGUUGGGUGCUUGAUGUUCGUAUCCAUUGUACUGAUCAUAUGCCUUUCCGGAGUAAGUCAUCAGUGCCCAAGUAAGUCUCAGAAGUUUCAUGACAUUGAGGAAAAAUUAAAUGUAAAUGUAACAGUUGGGAUGUAGAACAGGAGAAAGGUAGUUGAUUUGUUUGUUUAAUGAAAGGUAUAUAACCAGGUGUAAUAAUGGAUAUAGCAGCAUUAAAGCAUAAAACUGGUUGGUUCUGAUGUGAUUUCCCAGCUAUGAAAGUGUCCUGUUAUAUCUAAGGCUUGCAGUUGUCAGCCUGUUUGUCGUAGUUGUAGUUCUCAUCUGUAAAUAAGUGUAAAAUCAUACAUCAACAAGUGACCAGAAUUGCUUUUUAACCUUGUUUUGUACCCAUGCAUGAGCUGAUAAAUCGUAGAAAAUACCAUGGUGACAUAGCUUAGUAGAAUCUUAUGUACAUUUGAUUGUAUAAUUGAAAGCGAUACAAUGGCCUUACUUAACCAUGGAAUUGAGGCUUUUUCUAUUUUAUGAUUGUCAAGUUUUAAGCGUCAUUUGUGUUUUUAUAAUUCUGUUACGUCCAUAUUCUAGAGAUAGCGGCAUGGUUGUGUUUCAACCAGCUCGGGGCAGAAAUAUUAAACCUGUAAAUAACUUGGUGCCAAUCCUAGUGAGCAUUGCGCUAGAUGUUCCACAAGAGUCCUGUUAGCUGCCUGUGGCCGGGUGUUGCUAGGACUAGUUGGAAGUGGCCGUGUCUUUUGCUGCUAGGAGUAGGUACCAGAGGAAUCACUUGAAGACUGUACAGUGUAAAUUUGACCAAUCAUGUAAGCUUUUGUUUUGUUAUGAAUGCCAUUUUGUUUUCCUGGCAAGUGUUAUGUAGCAGCGAUGGAAGCAGACGGUUGUAAACCACUUCCUGUCUUAAAUAAAGAGUUCUCUCCCUUUACAGGUAGUCACUUAUGGCUCUCUGUUUACAAUUUGAAAUACUUUUCUAUCAUUUCCUACACAGUUGUGAACUGGCUAUGAUAGGGAAACAUUCCCAACCACCUUGUCAUGGGCAUCAAGUCAUGACAAGAUGCAAACAGGGGCCAUUAGAGGUAGCUGAGUAAAGGGAAGUCACAAAGCUUGCUGAGAAGGCACGAGCUGAAAUAUAUUGUUAGUCUUCGCAUGAAAAAUACAAGCAAACUUUGAUUAAUUUAUGUGAAUUGUUACUAUGUCAUGAAUAUAUACUACCUGUGCCCUCCCCUGGUAUUUAAGCGACUGUUCGUACGCUGAUCAGAAUGCUUUGUUGACUUUAGAUGGUGCAAUUUUUACAUGAAAACUGUUUUAGGAACAAUUUUAAGUAUUUUAUUUGCUGACACUAAGUGGUUGUGAAGUUUACCAGUGGAUACUGUGUUCAAGUAGGAUUACUUGCUUUUUACAAUUCUAGUUGUUUCUCAACAAUAAUAACCAAUACUUAUUGUGUAGUUCACCUGUUGCAACACAUUGCUUCUUAGUGACUGUUCCGAGACCGUUUCUGCCACGGUCGCAGAUGCUGAUGACACAAGAUGCUAGUGUCUGUCCACUCAUCUUUUUGUUAUGAACAGCUUGUAGUAACCCUGUACUGCUGUGGCAAUAAACAUGGUAAAAGUUA